AUGUCUUCCGCACAAGCACAAGCCGUCUACAAUCGGACAUCGUUCCAGGAGCCCGACGAAGCGCAAGAAACCUUCGCCCGUCAAUAUGACCUUAGCCGGCCCGACCGAGCCAUGUCCUCCUACCAACGCAUAAUGCACCAACACACGAAGCAGCAAUUCGAGAUGGCACACGCAUCAUCGCGACGACGCUCGCCAAAACCCAACCCCGGCAUGGCAAAACUCACACCCGAGUCGAGCCAUUCGUCGAUCGACUCCACCUCUUCUUAA